UUUUCCUGGCAGAGCACAAUUCAGGACUGGGGUGAAGAGGUAGAAGAGGGAGCUGUUUACCAUGUCACCCUGAAAAGAGUGCAGAUUCAGCAGGCUGCCAACAAAGGAGCAAGAUGGCUAGGGGGUGAAGGGGACCAGUUACCCCCAGAACAUACCGUCAGCCAGCACGAAACAUGCAAGAUCAGGACUAUAAAAGCUGGAACUUUGGAGAAACUUGUGGAGAACCUUCUGACAGCCUUUGGGGAUAAUGAUUUUACCUACAUCAGUAUCUUUCUCUCAACAUACAGGGCCUUUGCUUCUACUAAGGAAGUACUGGAACUUCUCCUUGACAGGUAUGGAAACCUGGAGACCUCAAGCUGUGAAGAAGUUGGAAGCCAGAAUUCCUCCGAAUCCAAAACAGUACUCAGGACUGCAAUAGCAUCAAUCUUGCGAGCCUGGCUCGAUCAGUGCUCUGAGGAUUUCAGAGAGCCGCCCAACUACCCGUGUCUGCAGAAGCUGCUGGAUUACCUGAAGAGGAAUAUAUCUGGCUCUGACCCGGAGAGGAGGGCGCAGAACCUCUUGGAGCAGUUCCAGAACCAAGAAGCGGAAAGCAACGAUGGGUUCCAUAGCACUUUCCCCUCUAACUUAUGUGAUGAAGAGGAACUGGAGAUCAGCAGUCCAGAAGAAUUCUCUUCUUUCCCAGAGGACCUUGUGGCAGAGCAGUUGACAUACAUGGAUGCACAACUCUUCAAGAAAGUUGUACCCUACCACUGCUUGGGAAGCAUCUGGUCUCAAAGGGAUAAGAAAGAAAACCAGCACCUGGUACCUACCAUCAGAGCCACCAUCUCUCAGUUCAAUGCCAUUACCAAAUGUGUUAUCAGCACUAUCCUGGAGAGCAAAGAACUCAAAGCACAGCAAAGAGCCAAGAUCAUUGAGAAGUGGAUUUAUAUUGCACAUGAAUGUAGGAUCCUGAAGAAUUUUUCCUCCUUGAGGGCCAUCAUUUCAGCCCUGCAGUCCAACUCCAUCUAUUGGCUAAAGAAGACCUGGGUGUGUGUUCCAAAGGAUAUAAUGCUGAUGUUCGAAGAGCUGUCUGAUAUCUUCUCAGACCACGACAAUUAUUUGACAAGCAGGGAGCUGCUAAUGAAGGAAGGAACAUCCAAAUUUGCAAAUCUGGACAGCAGUGUGAAAGAAAAUCAGAAAAGGACACAGAGACGACUGCAACUGCAAAAAGAUAUGGGGGUAAUGCGAGGCACGGUACCUUAUCUUGGUACCUUCCUCACUGAUCUCAUCAUGCUUGACACAGCCCUUCAGGACCAUAUCGAGGGUGGCCUGAUCAAUUUUGAAAAGAGGCGAAAGGAAUUUGAAGUAAUUGCCCAAAUUAAGCUCUUGCAAUCUGCAUGUAACAGCUAUUGCAUGACACCAGACCAAAAAUUCAUCGCGUGGUUCAGGAGACAGCAGCAUUUAACUGAGGAGGAGAGUUACAGCCUUUCACGUGAGGUUGAAGCAGCUGCUGACACUAGCACCACAUCGCCGAAAUCUCGGAAAAGCAUGGUGAAGAGAUUCAGCCUGCUGUUUCUUAGCUCCGAGAUGAUGGCCCAUAGCACACCCAUCAAGGAGAAACCCAAAUCGACUCCAGGUGGGAGCUCUGGUGAAAGCAUGGACUCGGCCAGUGUUUCGUCGUGUGAGUUUAAUCACUCUGAAUCUGAAGACGUCUGCACCUCUCCCACAGACGCUCCUGAUGAGCCUCAGAAAAAGCUCUCCGAAUCGGAAUCCUCCGAAUCCUCCAUCCAUUCCACGGACACGUCUUCCUCAGGGGUGUCAUCCUUAACCUCAUCCCCUUCCUUGCUGUCCACCAACGACAAGUGCCCCAUCUCCGUGACGCCCGUUACCUCAAAAGAGCCACCUCCUGUUUACAACCAGCAGAACAGAGACGCCUGCAUCAUCCGGAUCAGCAUAGAAGACGACAACGGCAACAUGUACAAGAGCAUCCUGCUAACCAGCCAAGACAAAGCUCCUGCUGUCAUCCAGAGAGCGAUGCUGAAGCACAACCUGGAAUCUGACGCAGCCGAGGACUACGAGCUCGUACAGGUCAUCUCAAAGGACAAAGAGCUGGUGAUCCCAGGCAACGCCAACGUCUUCUACGCCAUGAACAGCAACGUCAACUUCGAUUUCAUCCUGCGGAAAAAAGCUUUGCUCGACGGGCAGGUGAAAAUGCGGAGCCGUUGCGGUCUGACGCUCCGCAGAACUGCGAAACGGGGGUGCUGGAGCAACAGGCCCAGCAAGAUCAUGGCCUUCUUCCAGCUCCCACAGCUCGCCUGCCCCGCCACCCGCAGAGCUGGCAGCACCGCAGAGGAGCUGCCACCCCCCAGCCACAACCUGCCCCGGCAGAGCUUCGCUCUCCGGCAUCGCAGCCGCUAA